GCCAUCAGCAUCAGCAAAGCCAUAAAUACCCAAGAAGCACCGGUGAAGGAGAAGCAUGCCCGUCGGAUCAUCCUGGGGACGCACCACGAGAAGGGAGCGUUCACCUUCUGGUCCUACGCCAUCGGGCUGCCCCUGCCCAGCAGUGCCAUCCUCAGCUGGAAGUUCUGCCACGUCCUGCACAAGGUCCUGCGUGACGGCCACCCCAACGUCCUCCAGGACUGCCAGAGGUACCGCAGCAACAUCCGAGAGACGGGGGACCUGUGGGGCCAUUUGCACGACAGGUAUGGGCAGCUGGUGAGCAUCUACACGCGGCUCCUCCUCACCAAGAUCUCCUUCCACAUCAAGCAUCCCGAGUUUCCCCCAGGCCUCGAAGUGUCGGAUGAGGUGCUGGAAAAGACCGCGGGGACGGACGUGAACAACAUCUUCCAGCUGACGGUUGAGCUGUUUGACUACCUGGACUGCGAGCUGAAGCUGUCGGAGUCAGUUUUCAGGCAGCUCAACACCUCGAUGGCGGUCUCACAGAUGUCGGCGGUGCAGUGCCGCCUGGCCCCCCUCAUCCAGGUCAUCCAGGACUGCAGCCACCUCUACCAUUACGCCGUCAAGUUAAUGUUCAAGCUGCACUCCUGUGACCCCCUCCCUGCCUCCCCUGAGAGCAGUUUUUCUUUCCCCACCUCCAGCCUCAAAAACUUCUUUAAGAAAGCAUCCGACAUGCUGUAUUUCAAGCGGCUCAUCCAGAUCCCUCGGCUGCCAGAGAGCCCCCCGAACUUCUUGCGGGCAUCCGCGCUGGCCGAGCAUGUAAAGCCAGUGGUCGUCAUCCCUGAGGAAGCCCCCGAGGACGAGGAACCGGAGAACCUCAUUGAGAUCAGCACGGUUUCCACCACGGAGCCGCAGAUCACCUCGGAUAUAUUUGAGCAAACCUUCGGGCCACCCAACGGCAUUCGGGACGACAGGGAUGCGCAGAUCGAGAGCCUGAAGAAGGAGGUGGACAUGCUCCAUGCGGAGAUGGAGAAGAUUAAACUGGAGGCACAGCGGUACAUCACGCAGCUCAAGGCGCAAGUGAACAGCCUGGAGGGCGAAGUGGAGGAGCAGCGCAAGCAGAAGCAGAAGGCACUGGUGGACAACGAGCAGCUGCGGGAUGAGCUGGAGAGGCUGCAGAGGGCGAAGCAGGACAGCGACAGGUCCCAGCGUCUCUGUGCCGAAGCGGAAAAGAAAGCCAGCGCCACCGAGAUCCGCUACGCGAAGCUGAAGGAGAAGCACAGCGAGCUCAUCAACACGCACGCCGAGCUCCUGAGGAAGAACGCUGACACCGCCAAGCAGCUGACGGUCACGCAGCAGAGCCAGGAGGAGGUGGCGCGUGUCAAGGAGCAGCUGGCGUUUCAGGUGGAGCAGGUCAAGCGGGAGGCUGAGAUGAAGGUGAGCCAGCGUGGACCUGACUCCAGUUCCCCGCUGACCCGGCACCGAACCCUUCCCAGCCUGGGAAACAUGGUGGCUGUGCGCAAUUUGGGUGCAAGGG